AUGCAGCUCCGCUUCUGGCUCCUGCUGGCUGUGGUCUUGAGCCUGGCGCUGGCUACAGCCCAGGGCCUGCGGUGCCACCUGUGCAAAGGCUUCGGAGGUUGCUCCCACGUGUCCAGCUGCCCGGGGGGCUCCACCCACUGUGUGGUCAUCGCCACCCGGUCCCCCAUCAGCUUCCAGGACCUGCCUCUGGUCACCAAGAUGUGCUACAAGGGCUGCCCUGAUGUCCCCAGCCUGGGCCUGGGACCCCAUGUCUCCAUUGCCUGCUGCCAGUCCAGCCUCUGUAACCAUGACUGACCACUCUCCUCCAUCAUGUCCAGCCUGACAGACCAUGUUCCCUACCCUGGCCUAGCCCCUGUAGACCCUCUCAGACUGGCCAGCCCACACCUCCCCAAACUCACUCUUCCUGAGGAAAUCCUGCAUGAAGUCUUGCCUCCAUCCGCUGYAGUGCAUGCCUAAGCACCCCUCCCUGUAUUUCAUCUCCCCCACCACAGUCCCCACAAACCCCCA